AUGCUUCUUAUAUACACGAUCGGUAUGUUUGGUGGAGGACUAAUUGUCCACCUCUACUAUGUACAACAUGAAGAGGAUUUGUAUACAGCAGCACUGUCUGCAGCCAAGUCACCGAAAUUGACAGCAAACGAUAAUACAUAUAAACAGUUGAUUCUUUCGAACGAUUCAAUACACGAACAUGCAUUACAACAUUUAGCCGAGGCAACAUUGGCUAACGUAUUGGCUAAACAAGUACGUGUGUUCUGUUGGAUACUAACAAUGCCAGCGAAUCAUAAAUCAAAAGCUGUUCAUGUGAAAGCUACGUGGGCUGGUCGAUGUAAUAACUAUUUAUUCAUUAGUAGUGAAACUGAUUCGCAUCUUCCUUCAAUAGCUGUUAUCAAUGCUGAAGGUCGCAACUUAUUGUGGAAUAAAACAGCUGGAGCCAUAAAAUACAUGGCAAAACAUUAUGCCAAUGAUUACGAUUACUUCAUGAAGGCGGAUGAUGAUUCAUAUGUGAUUGUAGAGAAUCUGCGCAAAAUUUUACAUAAAGAAAAUCCCGAUAAACCAUUUAUCAUGGGCAGACGAUUCAAGCCAUUUGUUAAACAAGGAUAUAUGUCCGGUGGUGGAGGAUAUGUGCUAUCUCGAGCUGGUCUUUUGAAUAUCGCUAAUGGUUUGGAGAAUAAUGCCGUUUGUCAAAGUAAUAAACAUGCAUUCGCUGAAGACGUGAAACUUGGUAGGUAUACAUACUAAUUUUGCGUGUGACGUGAUUGUAUUAUGACUAUGCAACAACUGAUUUGAAUAAUAAUUGAUAUCGUUGAAUAUGACAUGGAAACGGCCUAAUGCAUUUGGAUUAGUCUGAACGGUUUGUGAAAUCCUGAAGACAUUAAAUUCGAUUUUUGGAUGAAGUCUAGGUGCUCAGUAUAGAGUAGCUUUAUAGUGGGACGCAACAGUUAUUUGCUUCCAGUUGGGUUUCCAUCGGUUGUCUUACACUAUGACAUCUAUAUCUAUUCUCAUUAUCAUUCUGACAAUUACAGUUGACACAAUAAUUGGAGUUGGUAGUACAUAGUUGAUAUGUAUUUAUCAACUAACAAUUCUGUUUUGUUCUACUAAUCACUGUAAGAUCCCAUGCAUUGCUUUUGCAUCUAUAAUUUGCACGAUGUAUAAGCGUAUGAUAAGUCGUGUUAAUUAAACGCUAUAUUCGGUUCCUAAGCUAUUCUCGUAACUCUCAAGCUAGAACUACACAGCGAUCUGAACACGAGAGAAAAGAAGCAAAACAAACGAGAAGUACUUGACUCAAGAGGUUCGUUUAUGUACAGAAAAUCCAGUGUUUUUAUAUUAUUUUAGAUAUCCUUGGGUUUCUGGAAAAUUCUGGAAUGCUACCGAACAUAGUAGCAGUAUGAGUAAUCAUCCAAUCAGAAACUCGACAUGUGGCGUCUCACGUUCUAGAUGUUUCUGGCAAAACGUCUAGUGAACGCUGAUUGGAUAUGAUGCUUCUCAGUGUUUUUAGAGCCUUUCUUGGCUUAAUUUCGAGGAAUUUUCUGGAUCUCCUCAACGCCUCCCCUCUUUUCGAAAAAUGAUACUUUUUAUCUGGUCUACUUGCAGCUUGAUAACUGGUUUUCUGCGACGUUCGGAUUUUCUUAGUAUCCAGCGUCUAUGAGUGUCUGUUGAGGUUCUUGCCAUUGGAGCAUCUGUAAUUAUCUCUCCCAGAAGACUCACUCGACUAUAUACCGUGUUUAGUGUUCUGUUUUCUCUGUAUAUUUGAUCAAUGUGUCUAAUCCACGUUCUGAAAGUCCCAAGUACUUUGUAUAAAACAUUUCCUAUUCUCUUCUCAAUGACUCACGGUUGCCAACGAUUUUCCCCAAUGUAUGACUUGACGAGCACUAUAUCACCCACGUUAAAACUCCGGAUAUUCUGAUUUUAUCUGCGUCCAUCUAUUGGUUUAGGUGGCAACAUGGCGUUGAAUAUAGUUCGGAUUCUUCUCCCGAACAUUGCUUCAGCA